UAAUCAGUUAUCUAACAAUCCGGCAACUAGUCGCCAUCGUGCCUCACAGGUCACUGUUAUAGAUAGAGUAACGCGUUAUAUUUUGAAGAACUGUAGUUGCCAUAACAUUCUCGCGUAAAUCGACGACGAGAGACAAUUAAACCAGAAGUUCGACGUAAAUAUUUGACAAGUUUUUUUUAUUAUCGUGUACCUUUAAAGUGACGAUUUAAUGGUAGCACUAUCCACGUGGUGUUUCAAGGCUGCGGCCUUCAGGGCCGUGAUAUUAGGUGCCCCUGCUUCCGGUAAAGGUACUAUGUCAGCCAGAAUUGUUGAACAUUUUAAGAUGACUCACAUUUCAAGUGGUGAUAAACUACGACUUCAUAUGAAGUCGAAUACCGAACUGGGCAAAGCAGUCUCGAAUUACGUGCUAUCCGGUAAAUUCGUACCUGAUGAUAUAAUGAUUUCAAUGAUAAAGAAAGAAAUCGAAUCGGUUGCUGAUCAAAAUUGGUUAUUAGAUGGAUUUCCAAGAACAUUAAUACAGGCGGAAAAGCUGCAAAAAAUGCAUUCAGUGAAUCUGGUUCUUUACCUCGAUGUCCCCGUUAAAGUGAUAUUAGAUCGUGUGCAAAAUAGAUGGGUUCAUUUGCCCAGUGGAAGAGUCUAUAAUGUCGGGUUCAAUAGUCCAAAAGUACCGGGCAAGGAUGACGUGACUGGCGAGCCUUUAAGUAAAAGAGACGAUGAUAAGGUUGAAAUUGUAAAAGAAAGACUGGAGAGGUAUUCGAAUGCUACUAAACCUAUUUUAGAAUUUUAUAGUGAUUUAGGUUUAUUAAAUACUUUUCGAGGUAACACUACUAAUGAACUAUGGCCAAAUGUUAAGGAGACCCUUACCAAAUAUCUGUCGUGUUCUUAAUUUACUUAGGCAUAUUAAUAUUUUAUAACAAAAUACACAUCAAUUAGUGCAUAUGUUUUUAAUCAAUAGUAAUUACAUGCUUCCAUUUGUGCUGUGUAAGAUAUCAAUAUCAAUUUACAUGCGCACAAAUUGAUGAAUUGAAUGGAUGCACACAAAUUGUGGAAAUAUAUUUUUCUGCAACUUAUAUAUAUGUACAUAUAUAAAAGUUACUGUGUAUAUAUACAAUUAACAGAUUAUUUGAAUAUUUUGGAUGAAUACAGUAUACAUCAAUUUUAUUAACUUUUAUCGACAACUUUUACUUAUUUUGUACAUACCCGAUCUGAUUUUUUAUAUUUGUACAUAUUCUUUGUAUCGACACGCAAGAUUUGAUGGAAGUAUAAUUUUAUGAAUAUUCAUUAACAAAGCAAGCAAUUGCAACUGAUUUAUGUUUCACUUGUCAUGCUUCGUAUAUAUCGAUUGUAAAACGAUGUUGAUAUAAAGGGAUCAAAGAAGCUAAAGAAUGAUUCUAAAUCAGUGGAAUUUGUUGAGCCUUUUAUGACACAAGUGUAUUAAGACAUAUGUAUAUUCCGUUUCAAAGUGUACUAAUGAUCAUAAACAGGUAAUAAAUAUUAAAACAUGA